CGUCGAGACGUCCCCCGGUCGACGGCGUCAUGUCCUCGAGAACUCCAGAGCGUUUCAAGUUCCGGGCUGGACGACUCAUGGCAAGGAUCUAUGCUGCAGCCAACAGGGCGAGGCCUGGCAUCCAGUGCCAUCAUUCUGACAACAGUCCCCGAAACGUCUGUGUCACAAAGAGUCUGGGCUAUCUGUCUAUUUUCCGCCCCAGCCCGUGGGGUGAACGAUUGACACGGUAACCAUGAGCGGCCUGCAAGUGGUCAUUCCCGACUUUGAAGAUCUAGAAAGCUAUAGUAAUGCUACUGCUACUCAGGCGCCUGGAACGGCAGUCCCUUCGGCAGCAAGUGCAUCAAAUGGGAGGCCUGCCUUCAAUAAUCGCUCAGCCUCUGGCUCACAAGAUGGAACAGCUUUUGGUUUUGCAGCCUCCGCAAAUGGGGGUAUUGGAAACUCCACAACAAGAGGACCAUUCCGAGGCGCAGAGCUGUGGCAUGGAAGAAAUGGCAGCGAGUCUAGCGGAGGGUACGAUUUACCGAGUCCCAUCUCUUCCACUGGCCCUCCAAUGCCGCCUCCCAUGAGUUCUAGCGCUUUCUCAUCUCACGGUCAAUCUCAGCCGCUCUUUCCGUCACUUUCCCAAGGGGUUCAGUUGCCUGAUGCGCCGUCUGCAAGCGCACCGAACAGGGCCAAUAACCAGUCGCAAUCCCAGCAGCAGCAAGCACCGCGUAAAGGUAGCCUGGCCAGCUUGCGCGCAGCAUUUAAGUCUGCAGCAUCAAGUGCCGUGACAGCUGUAGGAUCGACACCUUCGUACGAGCCUCCGCUCCCCACUUCAUCAUCUACAUCUUUCCACCAACACGGCCGGCCGUCGCUGGGAGGGGGAAGACCUUCACUCGACCGUGAGCGUGAAACGAGGCAAGACCUUUCCACUCCCCCUACACGUUCGACCUCGCAACAUAGCAUUCGGUACUUUCCCUCAUCGUCUACUCCAUCUGGUAGACAGCAAUACGAUGGGUACCAGUAUCAGUAUAGUCAUGGCCAUGUUCAACAUCAAAGAACGGAGAGUCCAGCGUCUCUCGGCAAUAUUGCGGCUUCAAACGCCUGGGAAGGAAACACCUUUGUGCACGGUCACUCGCACAAGCGCUCGCAGCUCUCUGGCAGUUCCUCAUUUGGCGCUGCAAGUGCUGGUGCUGGAAGCAGCAUUGACGCCUCUACACCGACUUCUACAAGUUUCAACAUGGGAAUGAGCAUGCCCCCCCCAUUGCCACCCUUCCCGCCUCACUUGCAAUCAGAAACUCGGGGACCGCCAGGUAUCAUUGGAGCACCCACAUUGUCUUACUAUGCAGGUAUUCCGGCACGUGGUGGCGGCCUACCUGAUCUUUUUGAAGGUCACGGUUCCACUUCACGAUCGCAUACGCCGCAACCUAGCCAGUAUCGGCAAUUGUCAUCAGCAGCUCCACUGCGGCCACCCAUACAGCUCUCUGAUGACAGUUCAUACACUCUUCCACAUGGGGUGGGCGUCGCUGAUCCUUCUACACCUGCACAGUAUGCUCUCAAUGUGUUACUGGCCCGUUUCUCCUUGCUAGCGCGAUCCCGUUUGAAAUCACUUGCAAGCAAGAGCAACCCCGAUUUCGCGAGCGCAUCCUUUUCAGUACCAUUUAAGAGGGGAAGGAACGCCUUCAGCUCAAUCUGGAAAUCAGUUGCCGAGAAAGAAAACGAAGUGGCCUUCGAGUCGGUAUGCCGAUGUUUGAGCAAAGCCGCAAAUAACAGUGACCCGCAACAGCUGCAAACGAUCUGGGCUUCUUUGUGGGCGUGGCGAUCUUUACACGAAACUCCGAAUUCGACCAUCAGCAGCAACAUCAAUCAAACUGAUCCGUUGUCACAUGGCGUCUCUGCUUCGAUGUUCGAAGACGAUGACACCAUACCUUCCGGAACAGGGACGAACAUAACUCCUUCGAACGCAUCGAAAGCGCAGCUGAGGAACAACGCAGCACAAGUUCGCAAGGCCAAACUUUUGUCCAUCGUCGUGCUACUGGAUGCGUUGACUAUUCUUUUUGAUGGGCUGCCGCGCCAUGUCAUCGAGGACGCUAAGACCGCGUCGCUCAGUGACCUGGGCGGGAAAAGCUAUGUGGAUUUUGCUCCUGAGGUGGAUGCCAUUGGACUACUAGGAGAAGCAAUGAUCCUGAGGCUGCCGCAAGAGGAUGGGCUCAUUCUGCGGGUUCAUCAUAGCUUAGGCGAUUUACUGGGUGUGCUCAGCCAAGCUAGAUUGGUACAAGUGUGUGACACCUUGACCAUGAUGCUCCAGAAGAGUCUAGCGGCCACAGCAUCGCAGAAGGAAGGAGACCCGGAAGUCGAAUUGCAGAUCAAGUUGAUCGGAAAGCUGAAAAUUACUGUCUUUCCCAUGGAAGUUUUCGAAGAAGGAGCAGAAGCCAUCCUUUCCCUUGUCCGCCUCUUCUCGUCAGCACAUGGAACGCGCGUCAAAAUCGCAUUCGCUGAGGCGCUAGCCGCGAUCGUUCUGCAGGUGGCUUCACGAGCAUCAGCGGAGCUACAUCAUCCAACGUGGGUUGAGGUGACCGAUGUGCUGUGGUCGCGCGCGCAGGUGAUGAGUGCAAAGCCGAGGUAUUGGGCCGCUUCAUUCGCACUCGGUACCGCAGUCUUGUGCGCGUCAAGGGAAGAGACAUUCCUACAACAAUGGUGGCCAUUUCUCGAAAAUUCAUUGCAGCAGCUUAAGGAUCGAUCGCGCCGAAAGACGGUCGUUGAAAGCGCCACGCGGUUGCUUUGGGUCUACUUGUUCAGAUGCAAAGAGAGCAGCAAUGCAACAAGUAAGCGCCUUGACGCAUUCUUUCGCAUUUGGUUUCCGAUGCAACGCCGCAGCAUCGACUUGCAAGACACUGGGUCAGAUAUCUACGCUCUCAUGCUGCACCACAUCCUCUACCGACAAUCGGAGAUCGGUCGCGACUUUGUUCUUGAGCUUCUGCGUGCAUCUUCGCUGCAAGGCAAUAUGCUGACAUUGCAACCAGAGCUAAUUAACAAGCGAAGGAUGGUAGCUGCUGUCCGAGCCAUCUCGUUGACUCGGCAAGCAUACGCAGACAAGAGUUCUCCCAGCUUCCCUCUGCAAAUAGAGGAAGAGUUCAAGCUGCCACAAGUAACCGAAUCUGCACCAGCAGAGAUCGAGUGGCCAACCACGGCCAUCGCACAGGCUCAUGCCACCUUCGAGGGCCUCAUAGGAAAGAUAGCACUGAUCUGCGACCACCAAGUCGGGGAAGUCUCAGUCCUGGACGAGCGCGCCGUCUUGUCGUCAGGAAGCGGCUCGGGAUCGCAUCUCGACAGCGAAUACAUGGACAAUGACAAAGAAGGACUCGUGUGGCGGUUCCAUGAGGACAUGGGCGCUAUGGCGGCAUACUCUCAUGUCCAUCAACCAUUCAUGGACGUCUUGCGUGCUUGCCUGAGUGUAUGGCCGCAGUGCCUCACCACGAAGCUUCCUCGCAAUGUCGUAUUCGGGGUCAUCUUGCGAUCAUUGUGGAGCGCCGACUCAGCCCUGGCUAGCACGGCUACAGGCACCAUUCAUCGGGUUUCAAUUUGUCGAGACUACAGCAUGGACGCCCUGGCAUACAUCGGACGCUAUCUGGUACGCCCAGACGUCGUGAUGUGGGAAGUGCACCCAAAUAGGCAGCACCUUACUCAGAAAACGACCUCAGUGUUCAAAUUAUGGGCUGCCUGCUUCAACAGAUGGAAGAAGCACGUUGAACUUUCGUGCAAGCCCCCCGUGUCAAGCGAUGGAGUCCAGAGCACGAAUAUGGCACGAGCUGGAGAAUGGACCACAUUGGAUGAAGCCGAAGCGCACAGUUUGUUUUUGAUGACAUUUCCGGUGGUCGCCUUACGUCGCAUAGGAGCAAGCGUGCUGGAAAGCGUAUCUCUCGUCGACACCACACUGUCUGGCCGCGAGGCUUCGACAGCAAUGAUCGGCUCCCUCCAUCAGGCUAACCGCGUUUGGCACCUGCUCGAGCUGCCAAUCAAAAGGUCUCUCGAAGGCGACACUUUGGUCACUUCUGCACAUUCUCUGUUCGACUCCGAUACCCCAGUCGAAGCAGUGCUGCAAGCACGGGAAGCCAUCAAUGGUAUCGCAUGGCAUCAAAUCCAAGGGCUCAUCUUUCGGCAGUGCGCCACGUUGUUCCCGACGGUCACUGCGCUCGUCAAGGCGAACCUGGCGAGUCGUGUUCUCAACCUGCAGAAUUACUUGAGCUCGUCCACGGGUCUCCCUGCUCAUUUAUCUACAAAAGCAGCACAGGCCAACCUAGAUGGUAUCGCUGAGACGUGGGCGCAUAUGGCCAGCUGCUUGGCCGCUAUCAGCACGGACGCAAAUGUUGGAGGAAUGGACCACCAAGGACAUGCACGACAAUCAAGUGACACAGCCCCGGAGCCGAAAUCGUUCACAAGCACAGAUCUCGUCCAGCAGCUCGUCCUGUUAGCAUGCAGCGGGCGGCCAUUGGUAGCAGAAAAGGCUCAAUUCGCCUCGGCUGGCUUGAAUCGACAUCUUUUUUACGCAUGCCUCCAGCAGCUCCGGAAGGUCAGCGUCGAUGCAGGCGAUGAAGAAAAACGUCAGGCUACAAUCUCAAAACCUGACACCCUACCAGUCGUGCGCCACAAAGUUGCGAACGUGCGAAAAGGAACCGCUUUGAUUUUGCAAACCAUCAUUCCUUAUAUCACCCUGCUUGACAGUUCACAUCGCUCGAACGAAGUGUUCCUUGUUCUUGCUUGGAUCAAAGAAACCUUGCUCUUUCUCUCCGACCCUGUCAUGCGCAACGAUCUGCAGCAAAAUCCAAUCCGGCUGGCCUUCGCUAGGGUUACGAGCUGCUUUGUUGACAGCCUCGCGCUAGAAGGAUCUCUGCAGCGCUAUUUCUCGACUGACACUAUCAUGCAAAUCUUCUUGCUCUGCCUGGAGUGGCAGUCUUAUUCGCCCCAUAAUGCACAGGGGUCUGCGAAGUUGGCAAAUCUUCUCACCUCGGCAGCCUACCGACGCAAGGACGAGCAAUCCCGCAGUCGCGUACUGAAUGAAUUACGUGACCUGGUUCAUGGCCUCGCCCACGCAGCAGCUGAAACGCUUGCGUCUCUCAGUACUUGCAUUCCCAUUACCGAAUUCAGGAAUCCGCAAGAACAGCAAGACACUCAAUUGCCAUGGGUUUCAACGGUGGGAUGGGCGCGCAUGCUUGUAAAAGCCCCACUUGAUGCAGCACGCGAACCAGCUCAUCGUGCGGUUCGCAAUGUUUUGAGCGCGCAAAAAGAUGUUGUCCUUGCAUGGAACAACGUGAUCGACCUCAUCCACGGAGAGGAAUCACCCACUCGGUUCGAGCAGUCUUUCUUUGGCGACCUUCACCAUUUCAAAGAUGAAGCUCCUGCGGCUAUGCCGCUCGGCCGCCUCCUUGUUCUUCUCGUUUCCAAGCUCUCCGAUCCAGACGUGCAGGUACGCCGGCUAGCUUUUGAUUGGCUGAGCCAAUACGACGAUGCAAUCGCUCCUCACAAGUGCGACUGUCUUCAAUUGACUCCUGCUGGGUACCUCUAUGGCAUGCAUUCAGUCUGCAAUGCGCUUCAGCUGAGGUUGGGAGAUUCAGCACUAUUCAUUGCUGCAGAAUGUGGGUCGAGGGUCGCACAAGCGCCACCUGCGCAUCGUGAAUCUUUUGCGAACCUUGUUGGCAACGCACUCAAAAAUGUACGUCUCGACCUCUCUGGGGAGCGUGGGUAUGCAUCCGAAACAUACGUUCUCCUCAGCAACUUCCUCUGGGUGGCUACUCAUCAAGUAGAUGCCGAUAGCCGGAGUCUGCAGUCCUGUGUCGAAUCUAUCUGCACUGCACAUGUCGAGGGCAACGUCAACGUGCUCCUCAGGUUCCUUCUCGACAUCAAUCUUCACGUUCAUCAUCCAAUGGUGCUUCACGCGAGCUGUACCAUUGUAACGCUGCUGUGCAGGAAAUGGGCAGACGUCUUUCGCCGAGCAGCAUGCGAUGCGUUGGUGCCGGCAUCCGCUAUACCGCUCCUCAUCAAGAAUCUCAGCUACGAAGUCGAUCCUUCUCAUGCGUCUCUCCACGUUCCGGACUUUCGGGCAUCGCUACGCGUGCCCGAAGAAACAUCCUCAGUCUCUGCGGCUGGUCUCCUUCUCUGCUUUCUUUCUGUGUGUGGGAUACCGGAAUCUUGUUCGGACGAAUGCAAGGCCCAAGUGCUGCACGUGGCAACACUACACGCCAAGAUGCCUUGGACGCCAGGCCAGACUAGCUCUGGGAGCCUAAUUCGGCAGAUACUAGGUGCAGAUAUCCUGGUUUCGCGGAAGCACUUAAACUCAGACUCAGCUUGCGACCUCCUUCGCGUGGACCAACUCCCGCACUGGGACAGGGCAACCGGCCUGGGCGACCAAUGGCGACGAGCCGCCCUUGUUUGGGCUACCGUUAACCCGGUCAGGGCGUUGGCAUGCCAUUCUUUUGUCAUUCUGCGCGACCUGAAGCCAAUGCCUAGCAUCGAGUCAUUGGCAGAGAUUCUCGGACGACUAUCGGCCACCAUCUCAGAUCAGAGCGAUGACUUCCGGCUAUUCACCAUUGAGGCGAUGAAGACACUCACUGCCAUGGCUUCCGUUACAUCGGCAGACAAGGAAUGCAGCCAUGACUUCUCUGCUGCCUGCUUUUGGGCGUGCGCUGCCGCUGUGGGCUCUGCAAACGAGAGCGAAUGCGCGGAUGCCUUAAUCCUCAUGGAGGCCAUUCUUAACAAGGUCAACACAGCUGAGGGAGUCGACGCGAGCGGCUUACUCAGAUGGCGUCCAGUAGACUGGGAAAGCAACAGUCCUGACUGGUCUCACAGCAUCCUUUAUGCAUUCAGAUCGUCUUGCACACAAGGAAGGGCCAUGUCAGUGGUUUCGAAGGUCCUUCAAGGCCCAGUCUUCGAAGUCCUUGCCGACCGAGACGCUUGGUUGGGCCUCAGCCUCAUUGCCAUCUUACCGCAUUUUGCGCUGACCACUGAGACAACGGAUGUUUCGCCCAAAGCGGCCUACGACAUUGUCCUGUUGAUUGCCGCACUCCUAGGUAGAUGCUUUGAACAGGCACAUCGACCUGAUCUGCAACGUUUCUGCGAGGCAGUUGCAAAUCGCCGCUUCAAAAUCACCGACGACCUGAUCCGGCAGGGAAUUAGUGGGCUUCGAGCACACUUUUUGCCAGCGCACUGCUCGAUGAUGGCACAGAUCGCUCUCGGCUCGGUCCUCACGCCAGAUGCUACGCAACGUAGCAGUGCCCUGAAAGUUGCCAAGGCCUUCCUACAAGGCUUGGGCUCUUCGCAAUCUUUGUUGGCUGAGGAUGGCUCUGACCUCUGGAUGCCGUUGUUGAGAAGCUUGAGUCAACAAGACGCUCUAGCCCAGGACGCGUUGGACUGUUUGAGUCUCACCUCACGCAUCACGGGUGGCCCGGAUCACCGACAGCUUAUGCGCAUGAGUUUGCAAUGGUGCAAGACCGAACUUUCGCAUCGUGAACUACAAGGGACGGUCCGAGUAUUUGGACCUCCAUCAGCCACCGGAUGGUCCAUACCAGACCGGCAAGAGGCAGCUAUGCGAGCACGCAGUAACAUCCAGAGCGUCUUUCGCAUCUGCGAGAGGACGUUGGAUGUGGCCCCCGCAGCAGUUCAUGUCGAUUUUGUUGAAGACGCAUCCGAGGGUAGCGUUUGGAGCCACUCAGAAAGCACACGCGCCGAGACGCAGCAUGAGUUGGGUGACCUCGUCAGCCAGUUGCACGACCUGUCCAACUUCUUUGUAGCGGACGCUCUUUCCGCCACCAACCCGGGCGCUUCUUUGUCUCGCUCUAAUACACAGACCGGCACCUUGUCAAGAUCCAACACGCACGCUGGUCGCGAUCCGCAGAAACAGGUCGCAAAAGUAGUGUCGCGAUCUGCCGCCCCGGCUUCCUCGAACCCUUCCACAGAGUGGCCAGUCGACUCGUUCGGCUUCGCCACACACUCCUCUCUCGACGGCCAAUACGAGCCCGUGGUGUCGCCAAAGAACUCGCAACGGAUCGAUCUCGUCCAGAUACCCGAAUACCAGAACGAGCUGCCAAACGGCCCGUACAUGCUGUAGCAUUAUAUGUAGCCUAGAGUUGAUACACACAAGCGCGGACUUCAUCCCUC